CCGUCGGGUCAUCCAGGGAUUCCCGGACAGGAUGGGCAGAAGGGCCAAAAAGGAAGCACAGGAGAACACGGGGAGAAGGGAGCAAGAGGUCCUCCUGGUGAUUCUGGGUACACUAUGAAGGGCGAGAAGGGAGAGAGAGGGGACGCGGGUAUGCCAGGACUCCCAGGAAUGAAAGGUAUGAUGGGACAACAUGGUCCUCCUGGCCCACAAGGUUCUCCCGGAACACCAGGCUUCAAAGGCGAUCAUGGAUCUCCAGGUCCCAAAGGUGACAGAGGGUUAAACGGCUUUCCUGGAGCCAAAGGUGACACAGGAGAGCGAGGACCUCGCGGGGUACAGGGUGAGAGCGGUCUGAGGGGGCUGCCUGGGGCCUCGGGAGAGCCCGGACAGAAGGGAGCGACCGGUGCUACCGGUGCAGACGGUCACCGCGGUUCCCGAGGUGAACCAGGACCUCGAGGGUUACCAGGAAUGCCAGGAGACCCCGGCCCCCGUGGGGAACCCGGAGCUCCAGGGAGGAUCAUCAGUGCCGGAGGUUCAGAGAAGACGCUGGCUGUACCAGGACCUCCCGGACCACCAGGACCACCUGGACCCCCUGGCAGAGCAGGUGAGAGUAUCGUUGGACCACCAGGUGCUGAGGGACCUGCAGGCCCGAAAGGUUCCUCAUUGGCUGGACCUCCUGGACCGCCAGGACCACCGGGACCCCCAGGAGUCCAGGGAUACAAAGGUGAUCCCGGCCAACCGGGGCUGUCGGUCGCCACACGUGGUGGAGAGUCAUUCACUCACGGACCCCCAGGACCCCCCGGACCCCCCGGCCCUGCAGGGCCCCCAGGAGCCCCCGGACACAAGGGCGACAGAGGAGAAGUCGGAACCCCCGGUGCUCCUGGUAUUCCUGGACGAUCGGCUCGAGUUACUGGCACCAGCAGAGGGUUCCAAGGACCCCCAGGACCUCCUGGCCCCCCUGGACCUCAAGGACCACCGGGGGAUUCUGGUUUGGGCUCCAGGACCAACAUCCGACAGGUAGUGAUGGAGACCCUGCAGACCGAGGGUUUCCAGAGGUCAAUUCCUGGCCCCCCAGGACCACCCGGACCCCCCGGACCCCAGGGGGAGCGCGGCAGCCUGGGACGGCUCCAGUACUCGGAGAUUUCCAGCCACGUCGUCAACUAUUUGAGGAAUUCGGGGCUCAGUGUGGGAGAGCGAGGUCCUCCCGGACCACCCGGGCCUCCAGGGAGACUGUCGAGCGCUGACUUGACCAUCUAUCUGCAGAGUGAGGACGUCCAGCGAUACCUGCGAGGACCCCAGGGACCCCCUGGAGCGCCGGGCCCUCGAGGAGAUGGGAUAAGUCAUGCCGAGCUGGAGGCCUACGUCACAGAUUACAGCAGAAGUUGGGUGGCGGGAUCGGGACGACCUGGACCCCCAGGACCCCAAGGACCUCCAGGCCCCCCAGGCUCCCUCUCGGUGACCGGGGAUCUCUCCGUCCUGCUGCAGGAUGAGAACGUUCGGAGGUAUCUGAUGGGCCCUCCUGGCCCCCCGGGUCCACAGGGUCCAGCCGGGCGCCCGGGCUACGCGGAGAGUGAGAGAGUGACCAACAUCCGGCUGGAUUACAGGGACAUCGUCGCCCGGCUGCAGGAGUACCUGAGGAGUUCCGGGACAAGUCUCGGAGUACGUGGACCCCCUGGACCCCCAGGAGCGCCUGGGACACCUGGUUCUGUGUCCAGCAGUGAACUGUUGGCUCUGCUGCAGAGCUCAGAGUUCAGCGGGAUGAUCGGACAACCUGGUCCCCCUGGACCACCAGGUUUACCAGGACCCAUUGGACCUCCCGGUCUCGGAGGAGGGAACCUCCGCGUGGAAGAUGUUGUCACCUACAUUCAGAAUUCAGGAUACAGUGUGAGAGGCCCUCAGGGUCCCCCCGGACCUCCUGGGCCCCCAGGAAGCAGGUUCGAUUCCCAGGACCGUCAACAACUCAAGAGCGAGAUUAUCGAUUAUUUCUCAAGUGACAGAAUGAGGCCGUACAUCACGGGACCACCAGGCCCCCCAGGUCGAGUUGUAUACUCCGAACUAGCUCCACGACUUGUCCGGUACAUGCGAGAGAACGGGCUGAUCGACUCCCGUGUCCUCAGCAGUGGGGGCUCAGGGCGACAUGGAGUCCUGUGGCAGGAGAGAACCUACAACAAUGGCACGGACUUCGAGGAGUACAUGAAGGAUAACGGCUGGACUGUGCGCACAUCCCACACCUCAUCCCGAAACCCGGGUGUGCCUGGGGCAACCGAGUGGCUUCAGUUUGGCUGGGAGAAAGUGUUCAAUGGGAAUAGGACGGCAUAUGAGGAAUACCUGAGAGACAACGGCUGGACAGUGCACACAGCCCAUGGCUCAGGGGCGUCCGACUGGGAGAAAGUGUUCAAUGGCAACAGGACGGCGUAUGAGGAAUACCGGAGAGUGUAUGAAGCAGCGGGAGCCGGGGGCGAGCGGACACUCACCGGGGGCGAGCGGACACUCACCGGGGGCGAGCGGACACACUCCGGGGGCGAGCGGACACACUCCGGGGGCGAGCGGACACUCACCGGGGGCGAGCGGACACUCACCGGUACUCGAUCCCACCGCACGUUCUCCAGCUCCUCCAACCAUUUGGGUGGGUCUGGAGCUCGGGGUGUGGCUGAAUCUUCGCAGACUUCGUCCCAGCGAUCGGCUGCCUCUGGGUCAUCACAGUCAUCAGGUGGGGUGUGGGACGAGGAAACCUACAGGAACGACCCACAGCUGGAGGAGCUGAUGAAAGCAACGCUCGGGGACUCUUACUCUGCGUGGCUGUCGGACACAAGUGCAGGACAGCGGCUUGAGAAGGAGCGACAGCGGAAAGCUGAAGGUUACACUUCACACAGGCGAAGCCACAAGAAGCGAGCAGCUGCCCUCAAGUAGUGCACCGUGGAAGAAAGCACUCGGGCGGUGGUCUGCUCCUGAACCCGCUCUCCAACACAGCAGCUUAACGUCAGAGAAAAACGCAUGCCUAUUUCUACUUUUGAGGCCUUUUGUAAUGCAGUGGGUUCUACUACCCUCCCAUCUUAGUCUGGGCUUCUAACUAUCCAAUGGAAACGGGUGGACACUGACUGAUCUUCCUUACUGCCCAGUGACCUGCAGCGCGGGGUCACUAUGACAUUGACCACUGACCAAUGAUAACGAGGCAAACUGCUGUCCUACAUCACCCCCAACGACCCAGGGGAUCAGUGUGGGACAUCAGCAGGUGAAGAGCCACCUUCCCCCCUCCCCCACAAGCCAACACUGCUGCUCCCAGUGCAGGGAAGGGCCAAGACUUCACUCUCCCCCAAUCCCAUCCCCACACUGUGCAGACAAAGCACCCGACUUCAGGGGAAGACGGCCAGUGUGGAAUUCCAGUUCCUCAGCAGGUGGAGUCCCAGAACGAUGAGGGACAACAGUGAAUGGACCAGCAGAGUGGUGCAGAACACAGGGGAGUCUGGGACACCAACACCCAACCAGUACAAAGCAGCACUGUUUCCCACAGCCUCCCUCAGUCACUGGCCUCAGGCUGAGGAACGGGCAGGGUCUGCCUGCUUACACCAGCACUCACAGUAAGCAGGGGGCUGGCCUGAUUUUUCACUAAUGAGACAGUCUCCAACAGGGGAUGGUCAUUACACGGGGUACGUGGGAACAUUUUCCCGAGAGCAGUGAAUCCUCGGAAUUGUCCAGCCGCAUGGGUUGUGGAGCCUGAAUCAUUAGAAGUGUAUAAAGGGGAGGGAGAUAAAUGAUUGAAAGGUCAGGGAUUGAGGAACUGACAUGGAGGAAACCGGGCAGGGUAGGAUUGAGGGGUCGAGUGGCCUACUCCUGCCCCUAUGAGUAUGACCUGGAGCUGGGUUGUAGGGGAUGCAUGGCAGGGAGGGGUCUCAGGGGCGUGAAGCUGAGUCUGUGCCUUCAGUCACUGCCCGUUUCCGUUCUCCCUCCACCUCUGAUCUUGCUGCAAUGUUGCUCUCCGCUGGCGAGUUCCUGCAUUCAUUUCCUUUCCAGAACCAGCUGAUGAUUUUGCAGCCUGCCUUAUUUAAAUUAUAAAACUUUUUUUUGGAAUAAACAUUUUAAAAAAAUACAAAGAAA